AUGUCACAUUCCACCGAGAAUGGGGCUCGCGCUGUGGCGAACCCCAAGCUGGCCGUCAUAUUCACCAAACUCGUCCGCGAGAUUAAAUACCAAGCGCCUGCGCAUGAUGACACACGCCCUGCCCUCGAAGCCGCCAUGCUCGAAUAUGCCGCUGGCUCGGGGGCUCCGUACGAGUCGGAAUAUGCGCAGCGGUACUUCGACGUGGGCCUUACCCUCGCUUGUGCCUACUAUCCCUCUCACACCUUUGCCGUGAAAUUACACAUAGCCAUCUACUCCUGGCUGGCCAUCUACAUCGACGACGAUGAGGACGGAAACCAGGACCUAGCCGGCUUCCAGACACGCUUCCACAAGGGGGAGCCUCAGCCAUCUGCUCUGCUGGCGCGCUUCGCAGAGUCGCUGCAGGGCAUGUCGACACACUUCGAACCCCUCGUGGCCAACUUCAUCGUGCUUUCGUCGCUGCAAUUCGUCAACGCCACCCUUCUGGAGAGGCGCGGCGAGUUCCUCGGCCUACAGCACUGUAAAGAGGCAAGCGGGUGGCCCGACUAUAUCCGCGACAGGAGCGGAGUGCCCGAGGCCUUUGCGUACUUCAUCUUCCCGAGGGACCAGUGCCCGGAUAUGGGAGCGUAUAUGCAAGGGAUACCGGAUAUGAUGACUUACAUUAACUACGCGAAUGAUGUCCUAUCGUUCCACAAGGAGACCCUAGCCGGCGAGACGGACAACUAUAUCAACACCCGGGCCGUUUGCGAGCAGCGUGAGCCUGUUGCAGUGCUCGAAACCGUCGUUGCCGAGACAAUCGCGGCGAAUUCACGCGUAGUUAGGCUUCUGCACACCAGAGCGGACCCCAUGUACGCCCGAAAGUGGGACGAGUUCUUCAACGGCUACAUCCUGUUCCACAUAACAGCCCGGCGGUACAAGCUGCACGUGUAUGCUGGGCUUGCCCACGAGGGAGUCAAUGGGCGGGAGGAGUUUGGGGGCCAGAGGACGAGUGAGCGACCCGUGGUCGGUUUACUGCAGUGCGCUUAG